AUAUCUUCUGAAUAAGUCCUGAAAAUCUCAAAGAAUUUUCCGAUUUUUAACAUGCACUUUCAGGAAAAACGCAUUUAAAAAUGGAAAUGUGGUUAUGAACCGUAAAACCUCAUCUGACCAUUCAUCUGGUGUACUUGAUCCAUAAACCUUCGGUUUCUACAAAAAAGACACGUAAGGCCUUGGCUUGAAUUCUAGCCCUUUUAGCGAAGUCAUUCGAACAUGUUUGGACGAGUAAAAUUUCAACAAAACCUUAAAAGGAUGCAUCUUCUAACCCGUAAACUCCCCUUAAAAAUGGUUAAAAUAUUCACGUCAAUAUCGUUUUUCGACGUUUGGCUCCUGACCUGUUAAUUUUACCAGCAGCAAGCGUCAAUGUUACGAUUUUAACUACUCCUAUCAGUAAACAAUUGGAGUCUGUUCGGUGGAGACUGGGAAGUAACCGUCUCGGAAAAUUUAGGGCCAUAAUUUGUGCUUUCGAAUAAAUCUAAGUGCAAAGAUGAGGAACGUAGCGAUUUUAACUUUUAGAGUACUUUUUUCCGCUUUACUUGCUAAAGGUGUGUUGUGUGAAAUUAUUCAAGUUUAUACGGAAAAUGAAUUCGAUCAAACUGUUGUUGACGAGGUUAACGAAGAAGAUAUCCAGCACGAAAUUUUGAGCGCGCUGGGUUUACCGGAAUUCGAGAAACAGAAUUGGACGCGGUAUCCGUUAAAUCAAGCUGCAUCCGAAUUCAUCCUGCAAAUGUAUGAUAAAUUGAAUGAGGAAGAUGCAUACCAGAGGAGGGGACCGGGUUCUCGAAAACGAAGGUGGGCAGACUAUGAAGACAUAGACAACCUGAUUUCACCCUUGGACGAACUAAAACUUCACGAAAGUGACAAUGUAAUGACUUUCAUGAUAAGCAGUAUACCUAAAUUCCUUCAACCUUGCGCUAGAAAGCGACCAAAUCACGUUCUUUGGUUCAACACAUCACAAAUCCCGGGCAAUGUCAGCCUAGCCAAUGCGCAGUUGAAGAUUUACAAACACAGGAUCCCGGAAAUGGGAAAAAUUUAUGAAAUUAUGUUGUACUCGAUCAGCAUCCAUGGAAGGAACAAAUUUAGACUUAGUUAUCUAACUUCUACAGAGACUAGAUCAAGUUAUGAAGGAUGGCUUGAACUGAAUGUAACCAAAAUGCUCGCUAAGUGGCACUUGAAGCCAGCCAGCAACAAAGGACUUUAUGUGGAAGUCAAUUAUUGGAAAAACAUUUGGAAGGAGGAGGUUGAAAUUGCAAAUGCCGGAUUGGCUGGUAUGACAAGUGUGGACAGCGAGAAGCCUUUCAUGGUUGGAUAUUUCAGAAAUAAAGAGGGUGCUUCUCCCUUACAAAUAGGAGCUAUACCUUACGUGCGCCGAAAACGCCGUUUGUCGAAAUCGGAACUAUAUCAACUCACUAGAAAUCAAAGGUGCGAGAAAAUGCGCUUCUCUGUUGAUUUCAAAAAGUUAAACUGGAUGAACUGGAUUGUAGCCCCUGAUAAAUUUGAGAGUUCAUACUGCGGUGGAGAUUGCAGCUUUCCUUUGAACGGCUUGGAUGCAACGAAUCAUGCAAUCAUUCAGACUCUGGUUCAUCUGAAAAAUCCAAAGAUACCGAAACCUUGUUGUGUUCCAACAGAACUAGCGUCCAUUAUGUUAAUUUAUCGUGUCAGCCAAGAUUUAGUUAAUAUGAAGAAGUACAAUAAUAUGGCCGUGAAAUCUUGUGGAUGUUUGUGAUGA